AAACACUGUAUGUUUGGCUAAAUGGGUUUUUAAGAUUUUGAUUCUAUUGCUGUAUAGAAUGCUUGAAAAGAGGAGUUUGAGCUAUAUAGAUGGCCCAGUUCCAGUGCCUCUAGACGAUUCAUUCCUGGUGGAAAACGUACAAAGGAUCUGCGUUUGUGACACGGAUGAAUGGGUGGAGAACCAUGAUAUUCUUCUCUUCUGGCAAGUCAAACCCAGUGUGCAUGUGUUCCAGGGUCAGAAAUCUUUGGCAUUGGAUACUGCAAUCGGGAUGUGGCAGUUGCUUUUUGAAGAAAAGCAGUGGCCGUUGGUUGAUCACUGGUGCCAGUUCUUGCAGGCUCGUCAUAAUAAAGCAAUCUCUAGGGACACCUGGUCUCAACUAUUGGAAUUUGCGAGGGUGCAAAAGAAAAUACAGCCUCUGCAUCUCCAAAACCUGCUGGUGCUGCUGCUGGUGAUAGUAACUGCAAUGUCAGAAAUUUUUUAGAGAUGCAGAAUAUGGUCCAAGAAUUGAAGAACUUAGUUUUUUAAGUUUUUUCAUUUUUUAAUAUAUGUAAGCACAGUUAAUUUUUUUUAUUUAAUUUCUUUGUAUA